AUGGCGCGUCUCAACACACAUCUCUCGGCCACCCCUCAGGCUCGUGCCUCAACAGUCGAUUCCUUGUACCGUGACCCCUCAGUCGCGCCUCACAGCCACAGCCAUGCGCGUGUUUCCACAUACUCAGUCUUGAGCCCGUCGCAGUCGUCCGAUAAGGAGAACAUCUCACGCGAGAGCACGCCGCAACCACCGAAACGCAGGGGCCUCAGUAACGCGUCUGGGCGAAUCCCAACGCCCGAUACUGGCUCUACAACCAGCGACACCAGCAACAAACGGAGGCGGACCGACAACUAUCGUCAAACUGGCAACUCCGGGUUAUACGAGGAUGAGGAUGAGGAGGAAGAUGAAGACGAGGAAGAACAGGAGCAGCGGAACCCGCGGAGGGCACCGACUACCCAGCCCGAGGAAGAUGAAGAUAGCCAAAUCAAACUCUACAAUCCCAACCAGGAUCCCGAAAAGCGCCGCCAAGUCCGCUAUCAGCUGCGCGAUCAUCACCGUCAGCUAGAGGAAAAUCGUGACACAUUCAUUCAAGCCAAGAACAAUGGCUUGUUCGAGCUGCUCAAGAAAAACGACUCGACGUUUGGGAAAGUGAGGCAGACCGCAGAUGCGACAGUCGACUCCAGGUUUCUUGUUACUGCGACAGAUAUGGCCAACAUGAAGCUGCAGAAGAGUUUGCACGGUAGUGGUGGCGCUGGUAUUGAUCUCGAUCAAUUCGUAUCGAAGUGCAUAUAUUUUAUGAAGUCCGGUGGUUAUAGACAUGGCGAAGAAGACGCGCCAGCCAUAGCGGUCGCAGAGGAUGAAGAGGAAGACACCGGCGAUGGUCUUGAUUGGGCCUUAUUCGGGCGACGAGCCUGUUUUCCGAGCAAUAAGCGACCACCCACGUCGAGUUUUCUUCUCGGUCCCUUGUCAGUGCAGAAGAAGGUCAGAACCACACAACGACGAGCAACGCAAAGAAAAGGUCCUGUCGGCCCCGCAACCAGGCCACAUGAAAUUAAAGAAGGCGAUAUCACGCAGUCUGAGAAUACCAAUCUCACACAUCUGGUCAAGGGCAUCAAGUCGAGAUUGGAGCAGCACUUGGAAGCUGCAGCAGACGCUGCGGCUACUGAAAUCGAACAGCUGACUGAGGAUGUUGGGGAGGAUUCGAUAACAGAGGAAGACGAAGCUGCUGCGUUUGCCAGGCAUCGUGUUGCUAGGACACCAGACGACGAGGCUGGCGUUCACUUGUUCGACUUCGCCAUCAAUCCGCGCGACUUUGGGCAGACGAUCGAAAACCUAUUCUACAUUAGUUUUCUGGUAAGAGAAGGCAAUGCGCAGAUUAUUAAGGACAAUGAUGGGCUACCACUGCUCCUACCUGCUGCCCCCCGAGGCGUCACGGAACAACGAGAUCAAGGCGCACAGAAACACCAAGCUGUGUUCAGUAUCGACUACCCAACAUGGCAGAUGUUCAUCAGAGCGUACGAUAUCAGGGAGCCGCUGAUACCGCACCGGGUUCAAGAGGAGGAUGGUGGUGGUGCCCGUUGGUAUUGA